UGAAUGAGAAAAGUUUUCAUCUGCGUCGAUAGAAGUUGGGUAUUUUUAACAUUCGAGAUCUUGUAGGGGCAAUUUCGGGGACCCUCCAUCUCUCUCUCUCUCUUGGAGACGAAACAAGAGCUUUUGCCGCGGAGCGAGCGCCCGCGCCCACUGGGCAUCGAAGACAAGAUCGCGAUCUUCGUCGCCGCCAUGGCCAACCGUAGAGUGGUCGCCUGCAAAGACAGCGGAAGCCAACGUUCGGAUUCAAUGGCUGUUCUCAAAUGUUUCGGAUUAUCCAAACCAGCAAUGGCGGCGGUCUUGCUCGUUCUGGACACUCUUCUCACCUCACUCGUUAUUGCAUACGUCCCAUAUACCAAGAUAGACUGGGAUGCGUACAUGUCACAGGUAAGUGGGUUUCUUGCAGGGGAAAGGAAUUAUGAGAAUCUGAAGGGGGACACGGGGCCUUUGGUUUAUCCCGCUGGUUUUCUUUAUGUUUACUCUGCCAUUCAGUACAUCACUGGUGGGAACGUCUUUCCUGCUCAGGUCCUGUUUGGUGCACUCUACAUUGUGAACCUGGGAUUAGUGUUUCUUAUCUAUGUCAAGACUGAUGUGUUACCAUGGUGGGCGUUUUGCUUGCUUUGUUUGUCAAAAAGAAUUCAUUCAAUCUUUGUGCUUCGCCUGUUCAAUGAUUGUUUUGCCAUGACAUUUCUCCAUGCUGCACUGGCGUUGAUUCUUUAUCAGCGGUGGCAUUUGGGGUUGAUAGUUUUCAGUGGAGCUGUGUCAAUAAAGAUGAAUGUGCUCCUUUAUGCACCAGUACUGUUGUUGCUGUUGUUGAAGGGCAUGCAUGUAAUUGGAGUUGUGACUGCAUUAUUUAGCGCAGCACUGGUGCAGAUUGCGUUGGGGUUGCCCUUUUUAUUAAGUCACCCACUUGAGUAUGUAUCAAGAGCUUUCAACCUUGGCCGCGUCUUCAUCCAUUUCUGGUCUGUCAACUUCAAAUUUAUUCGUGAAGAUAUUUUUGUGUCCAAGGAAUUUGCUGUCACCUUACUCGCUGUACAUCUCAUGUUCCUGGCAUUGUUUGCCCAUUUCCGGUGGUGCAAGCAUGAAGGAGGGCUUUUCCAGUUUCUGCUCUCCAAAAUUCUCGAAUUGAAACAUAGGAAUAUAUUUCAAGCCUUUCUAUGUGAUUUGUCCUCUAGAGUUCUCUCUAAACAGCAUAUUGCAACUUUAAUGUUCACUGGGAACUUCAUUGGCAUUGUGUGCGCUCGAUCUCUUCACUAUCAAUUUUAUUCCUGGUACUUCUAUAGUUUGCCGUUUCUUUUGUGGAAGACACCUUUUCCAAGUUACAUUAGAUUAAUGCUGUUUGCUGGAGUGGAGCUUUGCUGGAACGUGUACCCUUCCAACGCCUAUUCAUCUCUUCUACUAUUAACUAUUCACCUAGCCAUACUGUGCGGCCUCUGGAUUGCUCCAUGUGAGCCUCCUUACCAAGACACAGAUCCAUCUGCUGCCAAAGAAGACUGAUUCAUUUGCUCGUACCGCUCGUCCUGAUGGCUGUCACCGCGUGUGCCAUGUCCCUGUCAUCUGGCAGACGAGAUUUCUUUGAACACAAAAGCUAUCUAAAUCUCCAAGCGGAAGUUUUUCAGAGAGUAAGAUAGCUGGAACUGUUUAAGACCUCAUCUUCCCGACACAUCGCCCUAGUGUUUUUGUAUCUUACAGUGAAACAAAUUUUGGCUAUGUAUCUUAGAGUGGUUGGUUAAUGAAAUCUGCUACCACCCUACUGGGGGUUUGGACUUCGAAGCCAUUUUAUAUUGAAGAUGGUCAACAGUCCAAUGUGGGAGGUUUAUUUAAGUCGAAGGCAGUUGAGUUGCAUUGAGAGAGGCAUAGCUUAGCUGGUUGGAUUGAUGUUAGUGAAACUUAGUAUCAACAGUUUGAUUCUUAUGAGCACUAGUUCGAUUCCUAUGUACACCAUGUUGCUGUGCUUAUGGUCGGCGACGCAGUCCAGGACCGUGGGGCAAGAAGAUAAAAUAUUUCUCCCAGUGUCCAAAAUAUGAAUCUCCUUGGCAGGAAUAGCAGCACAUCGGAAACAACAAAAACAAGAAAUUGCUUGUCUUAUUCUCUUUAAAUAAGUUCCAAGUUUUGUUCAGUUGGGCCAGCA